UUUCGCAGGAUAAGCGGCAAUCCCCGGCAUCUCAAGAAUUCCUCAAAUCAGUUCAGUUGCAAUGUUUGCCGCGAACGCAGCUCAGAUAUUCGCGUUUCUGCUCCUGCUGGUUGCCACUUUCGACAGCCUGCGGGCCAGCUCUGAUAGCUGCACUCUGCUGUUUCAACCGAUCCGAUGUGGCGUUCCAAGGUUGCAACCGGGUGCCGCCUUGCCAUCCCGUCCGUCGGAGGCGGUUCGGAGAGAGUUCCCGUGGCACGUGGCCUUGUAUUGUGAGGAGGGUGGCAAGUUUGCGUAUUGCUGCGGGGGAUCGCUUAUAACGGCGCGAUUCGUUCUCACGGCAGCACACUGUGUGGUCAAUCCGAACAAUGGGUACAGGAUGACGGCUCGAAGGCUCAAGGUGCGAUUGGGGAUGCACGAGUUGGACCAAGAACAGGACGAAUGUACCGAGGAGUUAGGAUUGAGGGAGAUACGGAUGCACGAUCAGUACCGUUCGGGAGGACACAAACAUGAUAUUGCGCUGCUGGAAUUGGAUCGACGGGUGAUAUUUACGGAGCGAGUGUUGCCAGUUUGUUUAGAUUUGAGCGAAGAUGAGAGGAUUGAUUUCUAUCGCCUGCAUGGAAAGAUUCCUGGCUGGGGAUAUACGGAGUACGAUUCCGUCUCAAAGUGGCUCCGAAUGACGGAGUUGCCGUUGGUGAACUAUACCUGCUGUUUAGAAAGCAAUCCGGAGGUGUUUUCACACAGCCUUCACGAUGGAAUGUUUUGCGCUGGAUAUACGAACGGAACAGUUGUUUGCAACGGAGACUCGGGUGGCGGAUUGGUGUCGUACAGUCGGAAUCGGUGGGUGCUUCGGGGGAUUGUUUCAUUCACUGCUCUUCGUCAGGGCGAACACACGUUAUGUGAUACGUCAGGGUAUGCUGGAUUUACGAAAGUUCGCUACUAUCGCGAUUGGAUUAAAGGUAUCCUUCGAGGAGAUGAUCUGGAAGAAUUCAGUACAUCUUCGGAAGAGGAGAAACCACUCUUCGAUUGUGGUAAGAGAAAAAUCAAUAAGCGCAGCUUGAUUGUUAACGGAGCCCGCAGCUAUUCCGGUGAUUGGCCUUGGCAUGUGGCGGUCUACGAGUUCUUGGAACGCCAAAAGAAUUAUCUUUGUGGUGCAACGCUUAUCAGUGAUCAGUUCGCAAUAACGGCCGCGCACUGUGUGCAGGAGUCGGAUUCAAACCCUCGGAGAGGUACAAUUGUUGUCCAGCUGGGACAAAACGAUUUGUUCGAAAGUUCUGCUAAUAUGAGGGAAGUUCGCGUGGGGAAAAUCACUCCCCACACACAGUGGGAUUCGUUUGGCAAGGCCAACGACAUUGCUCUGUUGGAGUUAACGACCAACGUGCAGUUCAACGAUUACAUCCAGCCAGCUUGUCUACCCAAGGGGAGUGACGCUGCCGAAUCGAAUUUAUUGGGAACGGUCGGUACCAUCGUAGGCUGGGGCUUUGAAAAUCGGAUGUCCUCUGCGACGACCAACACACUGCAGGAAACUAGACUGUCCAUAGUUGAACCUUCGAUGUGUGUAUCUAGCGCAAGUCAGGCGAAUGGCGUCAUUUGUUUGAGAUCAAUUGGUGGAAGCAAUGCAUGCACCGGAGACUCUGGCGGUGGAAUGUUCAUCGAGGAGAAUGGCGUUUGGACAGUGCGAGGAGUGAUUCCCAAACUGGAGGAAGAGAACGGCUUUUGUAAUCCAUCUGGGUUUCUAAAAAUCGCCAGUACAUCUAAUUCCAUCAAAUGGAUUAGGAGUGAGAUGAUUCUUGGGACAGGCAAAAUUCGCGAGAAAGAACUGAUGACGCUGCAAGCUGCUAAUUAUAAUGACAUGGGUAAUAAGAAUUCUCUGGAAUCUUCGGAUUCCCGCGAGGUAACGUCAAAUUCAAGUAACACCAAAUCCAUCACCACUACCACCGUCGCCAUCAUAAUUGGGGCUACCGUUGUGGUAACAGUAGGCAUUAUAACACUCCUCCGGAAAGCGAUGAAGUGGUCUGCAGAGCCUGGCGGAACCAAUCAAGAAUGUAGUCGAGAUGGAAAUGUGUUUCAUCAGAGAUCUGAAGGACACCCUGUUGUCCAGAUUGUUCUGAAGUCGAGCACACCAACAGACGCAUCAUCCUCGUCUAGUCCAAGUUUAGUGACAUAAAUACAAGACCCAAUUUAGUACAGUAAACAUUCACUAACUGGGCGAAAAGGGAAGACCACUUAUCGACAUUCGCGUUUUAGCUGGUUUUAGCAUGUUAAACGUCAAAUAAAAUCGAGGGAAACUUCAAUGAAUUGUUUGAUUCGCAUUGUUCCUGCAAUUGGAUAAACAAAAGGAUUCCAAUGGAAGUUUCGCAUUGAGUGCAACAACAGGUAUGACAUAUGAUUUGAGAAAAUUAUUUGGUUUUGUCGUGCGAAAUUAAUGUCAAUUUUCAUAACAUUCGAAUGCCCCUCACAGCAAAUCUUCCAUUUGAAUAUGGCGUCGAUUGUUUACGAAAUUCUGCUUUUUAACUGGUCCAAGGACCAGUUAACGUUCGCCCAGUUAAACAACGGACCAGUUAAACCAGGACCAGUUAGCGAACGAUUACUGUAAUUACCUGCCGCCGGUCGGAGUGUCUGUGUUUUCUAUUCAUUGGAAACUUAUCCUUCAACUUUUCUCUCGCUCGAAUACCACCCUCUGCCUCUCUGUAAAAUGAGAUGCUGUUCCUGUUUUUUUUCCUGGGAUUCCCUCUACUAUCACAUUAUGGAAACACUUGGGGGAGGCCGCUUGCGAGGAGCUAUUCCAUUCACAAAAUGAAUGACAUUGGGCUGGUUGAGAGGGAUAUCGAAGACAGAUGGGUUGAGGGAAGUCGGACUCGAAGUGAAGAAUAACUUUUAGCAAAUCACAAUUCAUUCCGAAUCAGUACUGGAGGAAGAUGUUGGAAAUUGAUGCAAGAUUAGUAUUAGAUUUUGUGAAAUUUCCUGGCCUGGUAUGGUAUGGUAUUUCCUGGUAUGGAAGUAAAAAGUGCCCUCAAACCAAAUCACCCGCUCUAUGGCAAAUAUUGUAUAGGGUACUAAAUAAAAAUUUUGACUAUUUUUUUUGAACCCCUAUGAGGCUCAACAUAGAAUAUAUGGUGUAAAAAAGUGUACUUUUCAAUGUUUUUCAUGCCAUUCUCGAUAGCUUAGAAAUAAAAAUUAGAAAGAAGAUGAUGGGUCUGACCCUAGGGGCACGGACGGAAUCUUGACAUAGGACUGCGAUUGUGUGUAGCAAUUGCAUUUGAAUUGAGUUUUUCCAUUGUUCAAAAUCUGUAAUUUGUUCUCUUUUGAUACAUCAAAUAGAAGCCCGGAAAAAAACCUGUUUCCUGUAUGAUCGGGUUAAAUGAGAAUCCGGAACCACAUUCUGUUCAAAAAUGUACACCACUAAAGCCAUUACUAUCCUUUUCUUCUGUUUAUUCAAUUAUGCAGAAGAAGACAAAAAGUCAUCAUGUAUCAUUUUUAAACACAAGUCUAAAGAGUUAAGAUAUACAUAAAUAUAAGCCUAAAUCAAAUAAAUCUAUGGCUACAGAAAUAUAUUAUAGAUAAAAAUAGCAUUUUCUCCUUCGUCGCCGCAUUGCCCGGAACAUUGUUUGUAAUAACUUUAUAGUCCGGUGACAUAUGUAUAUUGAGAAUUCUAUGACUAUGAGUGCUGUCUUGGGAAGAUCGUGUAGCUGAUGUAGUGAAUGGAUCUCAGUGGGUGCUAUGUUCUGCUCAUGUAUAGGAAAAGGAAAGGAGAAUGGACAAGUGCAUUCGUGGAAGUGAAGCGUUCUUAGGAUGACAUAUAUGGGGAGCAUAACAUUAAGAUCACGACUACUCAAGCUAUCAUAAUCUGGUAAGUGUGAGUAAACCGUUUCGUCAUUCUAAAUCAGCAGCCAGUUAAAUUCAUAAAUUGCAUUAUUUACAUAACCAAGCAACAUGCUCGAUACUAUGACAUCCUGGACCACAAUUACAUAAAUUGUUAGUAGCAAGACCUAUACGAUAAAAACGUGCAUUGAGCACGAAUUGAAUGGGCAAUAUACAAUACAAUAACUGAUAAAUGUCUAUUAUUGGUAAAUGAAGAAUAAUUCAUUAUAUGCAUCAACUCACAUUGUGAGCUAACGCUCGAAUUUAGGCAAAAAGAUUGCUCGUUGCGUCGGGGAGGAAAGCGAGUGGUUGGAGCAAUAAAAAUAAAAAAAAGAAAAUAAAACCAUUUUAAUCGUCAGAUUGUUAACUUUUUUACUAUAUUCACUGUUCGUGCUUUACGCAAAAACAAAAUACUGGAUAAAUUUCCUUUCUAAUGGUAUAUAACACAACACAUGUCGCAAUAAUAUGUGUUUGAAAACUCUUAAUAAAUCGUUACAUUUUUCAUAGAAUGACCCCCCUUAUAUAUAAAUCAAAGACAUAGGGCCUGAUUCUCAAAUACACUUCACGAUGGAAACGAAAUAAGGUGUAUCCGCGAUGACAACGGUACGGUGCCGACAUCUGGAUACGAAAUUAUUUUCCCACUAAAACUUAUCAAAUUAUCUUCAGAUGAAAUUUUUAUAUGAGAUUAUUUUGUCACAUGAAGAAAACAAAGUUUUCCAUUCACAUUGAACACUAAUUUGAAGCGAAGAAGUUAAUUUUCAUUGAUAAUUUUUAUUUGAAAAGUGCUCAUUCUGCAUGAAAUCCAUCAUUAUCUUUGACGCUUCACUAACUCGUAAAAAGUAGUUCAAUGGCGUGCCGUUCAUAUCGUUUUCACCGUGAAGUGUAUUCGAGAAUCAGGCCCAUAGUCCUAUGUCAAAAAUACUGAAAGUGCAUCUUACUAUGGUGUAUCGAGAAAUAUUAUUAAAAAAAAAUCAUCAAAAAUAUAAGUACCGUCGAUGAGGGUGAAAAUCGGUUAUGAGGGUGAAAUUGGGUCAAAAAUUGAGAAAUUAACUAUUAGUAAUAUCUUGACAAAUAUUGCGAAUAUUAGUGAAAACUGUGAGCCGAGUAGGAGACAUAUUUCCACGUUUCAAUACAUAAUACUUAACUGUAGUACAAAUAGUUAUUAUUUAAUAAUUUUUCAAAGUUCGAUGUGUAAAUAGCCAUCAAAUAAUACCUCAGAAAAAAAUCUCAUGCCCAGCAUUAUACAGAACUAUUAAAAUUGUGAAUAUUGAAUAGAAUCAUUCUUUAAAGUCUCACCAGAUAAGUCAUUACUGAUUUGGAACAUCAAAAAUUUUGUUCCAUUCGAAUUUCAAUAUUUUCGAAAUAAUCCUUAUUUACACUGAGUGGGGGUGAGAAUGGGUCAAGCACAAAAUUGAAUUCCUUCUUCUUCUUCUUCUUCUUCUUCAAUGGCACUAACGUUCCUAGAGGAACUUCGCCGUCUCAACGUAGUAUUACUUGCAUCAUUUUUAUUAGUACUUAGUUGAGAUUUCUAUGCCAAAUAACACGCCUUGAAUGCAUUCUGAGUGGCAAGCUCUAGAAUACGCGUGAUCACAGUGCAAGUCGGAUGAAAUUUCUUUGACGAAAAAUUCCCCCGACCAGAACGGGAAUCGAACCCGAACACCCGGCAUGUUAGUUAUGACGCUAACCACUCGGCCACGGGAGCACAAAAUUGAAUUCCAUGCCAAACCAAUAUAGUGAUUGUCAGAUUUUCAUGAAAAUUGGUAGUUUUAUUCCUCAUCGCAAAAUAUUAGACCAGUAUUUUUUAUUUUUUUCAUCAGGGUAGCUAUUUUAUGGUGGUCAUCAGGGGUAUUUCCAUUUUAAGGAGGUCUCAAUUUUCCCCCCUUUUUUCCAAAAAUGACCUUUUUCAAUAAUUCAUAACUUUUGAAUUACUGGACCGAUUUAGAUGACCGAUAUAUCAAAUUAAAGUCAAAUUUGUAUGAAAAACAUUACACUUGAGAAAAAAAAACAGAUUUUGUUUUCGUACAUAUUGAUUGUAAUUGUUUUACAUAGCUUACAUGGUUUCGGAACUAAGAUCACCAUAUUUUUUAUAUUUUUUCUUGAAAGCUGAUGGUUUUUUAAAUAAUAUAUCCGAAUAUCAGAGAGAUGUUUUUUUCGUUUUCGAGUGAUUUUGCAAAAUUGACAUGUUUUCAGUUUUCGUUCAACAUUUCUAUGCGACUGGAAAACAUCUAUGCGACUAGAACCCAACUUUUAUGCAUAUGUGGUAUUUCAUGUGGUUUCAAAUUGGUAUAUCGAUCAUCUGAAUCGGCCCGGUAGUAUGAAAGAAAUGAAUUCAAUAAAAGUCAAUUUUGGAAAAAAGGGAAAAAUGAUUUUUCGGACCAUCGGUUAAUUUUGAAAAAUCAUAACUCAAUAACACAAAAUAACGCAACCCUGAUUUUUGGAUAUGCUAUCUAAAAAAAUCUUAGCUUUCAAGAAACUAUAAAAAAAAUAUAGCGCCCUUGGUCCCGAGACAAUGUAAACUGUAAAAAAAAUACAAUCAAUAAUUACAAGACCAAAAUCAAAAAUUUCUGCAUUUAAUAUUAUUCGAAAAAAGACUAGCUAAUUGGCUUUAAUUUGAUAUGUCGAUCAUCUGAAUCGGUGCAGUAGUUCAAAAGUUAUGAAUUUUUAAAUAAAGUAUUGGAAAAAAUGAGAAAAGAAAUUAUCUUUCGGACCACCCUAAAAUGGAAAUGGUCACCUAUUUAAUUUAAUAUGUGUAUCACCCGAUUCGGUACAGUAGUUCAAAAGUUCUGAAUUAAAGAAAAAGUAAUUUUUGGAAAAAAAUGGGAAAAUUUUGAUUUUUUGGGCAACCCUAAAAUUGAAAUAAUCACCCUAAUGAUAAAAAAUACUGGUCUAAUGUUUUGCGAUAAAGAACAAAACUACCAAUUUUCACGAAAAUCUGAGAACCACUAUAUCGGUUUGCAUGGAAUGGCUGUAUAUAAACAUUUCCUUUGCACUUCUAGGUGGAUUGAUACUAUUUACGUAACUCAAAUAAUCAUUCAAGACACCUAUAUGUUGUCAAAUUAUCUUGAAAUUAUUGAGAAAUUGAUUUCUAAACACAAUUCUCAAUAGAAAGUAAUAUUCACUACUUUGACCAAUUGUCACCCCCUCUAGGGGAUGAGAUUGGGUCAACUUUCAUUUAAUCGUAGUUCAGAGAAAAAUUUUGUGUUUGUAUUUAAAUGUGUUUCUACAUCUUUUCUAAUUCGUGUGUGAUUAUCCUUAUAUCCUUAUAUCCUUUGCGUGCAAUUGGUCCCCUUGCUACAAACAGUAGAAUAAGUUGAAAUGUAAAUACACAAUAGAUAUACGAAUAGAUUUAAGAAUUGAGUGUGUGAGAUUAUCAUUAUUGUAACAAUUUCCUUAUAUCCCAUCCUUUUCCUGAACAAAUAUGUCACCCUACUAAACUCGAGUAGACCGCGAGUAAUCGGUUUUCUACCUUACUUACCUUAGAUUUAGAAAAUGUUUAUGU